UUCUUAAACCCCUGGCGUGCCGAGACAAUCCCGAUAUAGAGCUGCCGCGCGCGACUGUGGCUUAUCUGGGGAAGCACGCCAUUGAUAGUGACUACGGACAGUCCUUGCUGGUUUGCAGCCUUCCGAAUUUUUCGCUAUAAGUACGCUUCAUACCCCGCUUAUCCAAUUUAUCAUUAAUUCGCACUAACCUCCAACUAUGAGCGACUUAUUUGUGGACAUCACGCUCCCUAACGGCUUACAAUACAAGCAACCUGUGGGGUUGUACAUCAAUGGCCAGUGGCUCAAGUCUGACACCCAGAUCGUGUCGAUCAACCCGUACACUGAGGAGCCAAUUACUUCCGUGUACGCAGCGUCAGCCGCGGAUGUGGAUACCGCGGCACAGGCUGCGCACGUAGCGUUCCAGUCGUGGAAGAGGGUUACAGGCGAGGACAAGGCGCGGCUUCUUCGCCGCUUGGCAACAUUGACCGAGGAAAACCUCGAGCUUCUUGCGUCGCUCGAAGCUAUCGAUGCGGGAAAGCCGAAAGAAUACAAUGCAAAGGCAGACGUCGAGGGUGUCGCGGCGAUUCUCAACUACUACGCAGGCUCUGCGGACAAGAUUAGUGGGCGCGUCAUCCCGAUUUCUGAUACCAAAUUCGCGUACACGCGCCGUGAACCACUCGGCGUUGUGGGGCAGAUUGUGCCAUGGAACUACCCAAUUUCGAUGUCAUCGUGGAAGUUUGCGCCGGCGUUGGCCGCGGGGAAUUGUAUCAUCAUCAAGUCUGCGGAGAACACGCCGUUAUCGUUGCUUUUGUUCGCGACCCUUGUGGAACAAGCUGGGUUCCCCCCAGGUGUGUUCAACAUCAUCUCCGGGUACGGCGCCAUUGCAGGCACUGCCAUCUCUACCCACCCGUUGAUCCAGAAAGUGGCGUUCACGGGGUCUACGAAGGUAGGCCAGACCGUACAGCGCGACGCGUCUGCAAACCUCAAGAAUGUCACGCUUGAGUGCGGCGGCAAGUCUCCGUUGAUUGUGUUUGACGACGCAGACUUUGAGCAGGCAGUGAAGUGGGCCGCGUGGGGGAUCAUGUACAACUCCGGGCAGAACUGCACGGCCAAUGCGCGCAUCUACGUUCAAGACACGAUCUACGACGCCUUCUUGGAAAAGUUCCGCGCGACAGUGAUUGAGGAAUUCCCAUUGUUGGAUGCGUUUGACGAUCGUGCCAAGCUCGGACCGGUAAUCUCCAAGGUGCAGUACGAUAAGAUUAAGCAGUACAUCGCGUCGGGUAAGGCCGAUGGUGCGCGCGUGCUCUUGGGCGACGACACCAAGGUCCCGGAAAAAGGAUACUGGAUCCCACCAACGGUUUUUGUCGACUGCGCAGAGCACAUGAAGAUUGUGCGCGAGGAGAUUUUCGGGCCAGUUGUGGCGGUGUCAAAGUUUUCGUCUGAGGAGGAGGUGCUUGCUAAGGCGAACGACUCUACGUACGGGUUGGCCGCGAUGGUGUUUACGAAGGAUAUUGUGAAGGCGCACCGCUUCGCGGCGGAGUUGGAGGCAGGGACUGUAUAUGUCAAUUCCUCAAAUGACGAAGAUAUUAAGGCGCCGUUCGGGGGGUAUAAAAUGUCAGGAAUUGGGAGAGAGUUGGGUGAGGAGGGGUUGGAGAUUUAUACUCAGGUAAAGUCGGUACAUAUCAACUUGGGAAAUAAGUUGUGAGAGGGUGGACGCGCGGAGCGCGGUAUCUCACCUCUCUCAUACGACCUCUAUCUUAGAAUAAUUCCAUAGUGAUCUCAGAACUACCAGAGUUAAUGGCCUUGUGAUUUAAAUCGAAAUAGAGUAAAACAUGGCGCUGUAACUAGUACCGUGCGUGGAGUUGAGGGUACAAUUCUGUUAAAGCCCCGCCAUGCCCAGCUUCUCCCCAAACCGGACGUUACUCUAAGCUAUAACUCGGAACCAGGCGGAAUAUUUUUUCAACUUACAGCUUUAUGAGGAUGCAACUUUGAGCUUAAACUCAAUUAGCUAAACUUUAUGUAGCUAGGCUUUACUCCAGGGUUUUCCCCUUUUUGUGCCUCUCCGUUUAUUAAAGAGUCAAGCCUUGCCUAAUAGUAAAACUCGCCCAUGUAUAUACAUACUAGUGUCUUGACCAGAGAUACUCCACGCCACUUACAUUAUAAUUUUACUCCCCGCUUAUU